AACGGAUCAGCUGGGUUUUUUUACCUGGAACUAGCAGCCGCACAUCAUCAUUCAUUCUUUCCUUUCAUUUUUUUUGAAGUUAGCCGCAGCACUACGAUUCUUUCUGUUCCUGAAAACAAUUAGCCGCAUCAGGUUUUUUCUAUUCUGGAACAGCAAACAAUAGACAGUUCUGUCGUUCUUUCUCUUCUGAAAAAAACGCAGCAGCAAAAAAAAAAGACCUAAGGAGUUCUAUGAUUCACUUUUCUUUCAAUUCAUUCCAAUCUAGUUUAGAUUUCAGCAAGUAUUGUAAGUUCAAUUAUCUUUUACAUUACUAGUUCUAGCUUUUGGAUUGAAUUUCGAAUUUAUUUGUCUCCAACUAAUAAUUUCAGAAUUUUUCCAUCUUUCUUUGAUAUAAUUCAGUUUUUAUUUCUAGCUCAUUAUCAUGUUUAUCAAUAUUAUUGUGAUGUUAGUUUUAGAUAUGAGUAGCUAAUUUCAUAUAGGGUUUGAAUUGGGGCUAGGGUUCAUGGGUUCUUGAGGGUGUGAAUUUAGUUCUUUAAAAUUCAAUUAAUUUUCUGGAAAAUUGUAUAAGAUUAAUCAUAAUUGUCUAUAUGAAUUUGAUCACCUCAUAUAUGAAUACUUGGAUUUAAUUCAAUUCUUGUCUAUGAGAAAUUGAGUUAAAUUAGCUCAGGUCUUAUACAAGCAAUCUGAUCUUAGAAAUAAGUUAGGAUUGUCGAAAUAUGAUUUAAUUCUUGUCUAUGAGAAUUUAUUUCAUUUUCUGUCCAGGAAUAAUUGAAAAUUAAUUUACUUAAUUCUAAUCCGGAAAGAACACCCAGAACCCGAACCAUCCAAUUUGAACCCUGCUUUUAUAUCUAGAAUUAAUUUAAUUAUUUGUUUUCCUCUCUACUUAUUUUUGCACUCGCUAUUAGUCAGUUUAUUAGUCAGUUUUAUUUUCAAACCACUCAAAAAAUAUUUAUUCGGAAAGAUUACCAUGACUUGUGCUAGCCUGUGAUCACGGACUGUAUUUAAAACUUCCUUUUUGCCACUCCUUGAGAGACGAUACUCGUGGUCUGGUUAUUCUUCGGAUUAGCCAACUACGUUUUACUCACUAUAAAAUACAACGAUCAAAUGGCGCCGUUGCCGGGGAGUGGCACGGUUGUUUGUUAAGUACUUUUCUGUGGAAUAGGUAAAAGCAAGUCGGUGAGACUUUCUAUUUUUUUUUUCUGUUAUUUGUUUGUCGUUUUUGGUGUUCUUUGCACGUGAACUAAGCUGCAGGAACCAGUGUAUGCGCACUCGCUCCUCGGAGGAACAAGAUUUAAUUGCAGGUUAUUCUAAUCCUGAACGCUUAUUCCGAGGAAGAGCUAAAAGGCGUUUGCUAGAAGACUUGGAGAAAAUGACCGAUCAGACAACUCUAGAGACGCUGACGCCUAAUUAUGUGGCGAGAAAUAGCAUUGGUGCACCCACCAUUGAGGCCAACAAUUUUGAAAUCAUUAAAAGGUUAUGUUAGAUUUAAUUGACAUUUAUAUAUAUUUUGGAUAGUCAUAAUGCCUUGCUAGAGGCCGCUUAUGAUUUGUGAGACUCGAAUUAAUUUCUAGCCCACUGCCAAUAAUAUAUAAACCUACAGGGUCACACACCUAAGUGAUUUGGAUCAUUAAUGUUUGUUAAUAACAUUAAAAUAACUUGAUUAGCCCAAUUCGAAAUAGGGUUUCAAAUGUUAUUGGGCUAGGGCCUCUUUAAGGGUUUUGUUAGCCAUAAAACCUCUUCUUUCCUCCUCUUAUAAAUAGGGCUAUAUAGACCCACGAAUUUUAAGAGUUAAAAUUCACUUCUUGAACCUAGAGUAGAGAGGAAGAAAGAAGAGAACGCUAGCACGUUCCCUGCGGCCGAUCCAGUCACGUGCGUGUGGAUACCGGUAGAGCUCGAGAUCGUUUUCUCAGACUGUCUGACAUCCUUGAUUAAGAUUGCUACGUAAGUCCCUCUUAAGUCUUGUAAUUUCGUUUAUAAUAUGAACCUCAGAUCCGAUUGUGUAUUUUUGGGUAGUAAAUUUUUCGUUUAUUCCAUUGCGUUUUUCUACCCGAAAUCCAACGUACAAUGGUAACAGAGCCUACGGUUGUUUAUUAUAUUCGGGUUACACGAUUUGAUGUAUAAUCUAUAAUUUGAUUAUUUUGGGAUUUAUUUUCGGAAUUAUUUUUUUUAAUUUCGAAAUUAUUGAUUUAUUAAUUUCAGAAUUUAUAUGUGUAUAUUAUAUUCCGAAAUUUUUGUGAGGAUUUGAUAUUCAAAUGAUUCGAACUUGAUCCAAUAUAUAUUCACAACAAUAUUCUGAAUUUGUUGUGAUAAUAUUUAUUUUUACAGAUCAGAUCUGAAUAGAUUAGGAAUUGGAUGGAAUCAUGCAGCCUAAUUAUUCGGAAGAGACUUGAAUAGACAUGAAAAUUCAAGAGUUUGAAUUAGAUCCAAAUUGAUACUUAUAAUUUAUGUUAAGAAUAUUUUAUGAUAUUAUUCCUUAAUUUUUACGGAUCAGAUCUGAAUAGAUUAGGAAUUGGAUAUAGUCAUACUGCCUAAUUAUUCAGAACAGAUCAGAUUGGACAUGAAAAUUCAAUUCUUAUUGAAUUAGAUCUAGUUUAUAUUCAGAAUAUUAUUUUAAUUUUGGGAGAUUUGGUUUCUAAUUUUUCGGAUGAGAUUCGAAUUAUUUUUGCAACCGCUGGCUGAUGAGCUGUUAUUGUGUAUCGAACAAUCUUGUUUUGGCCGUAACUUUUGACUCGUUAAUCCGUUUUCGGCCCAUAAGUACUUUUCGGAAACGGGAAGACGAGCUCUACACAAAUAAAAGCAUAGCCAUGACAAAUUCUCCCAUAUUAUAAUUCGAAUGAUUUGAUUAAGUGUUCUGCCAAAUUCGAAUUUUAGUUCAUUAUAUUUUAUUCGUAGUUAUAUAUGUGUAUUAAUCUAUUACGGAUAUGAUCUGUAUAUGUACAUAUAUAAUACGAAUAUGUACAUAUAUAAUACGAAUAAUUUUAGAAUUCAUUAAUAUGUAUUUCAUUUUUCGGAUGAGAUUCGAAUUAAUUGCAUAUUACUUGCGAAUUUUAAAGUUUAAUUUUCAAUCCGUGCAUGCGCAAUUAUUUUGUUUCGUCACAUGGACAAUUUGAAUUGGUGGUAUAGCAUGAUCCGAAUGUAUGUUUCAUAUUAUGUUGUUUUACGGCCUGCGUGUUGUUUCCCACUAUCCCUUGUAAUGUUUUUCAACCCCGUAGAUAUUUAGUAGUAUACUACACAGGUUAAAGAUACCAAGGAGAUAUGAAGAUUUUUGGGAUCAUGCUAUAUCACUGCAUUAGUUUUUAAAUUAUUUAUUUAAAUCUAUGAUUGCUGCAUGUGUGUAAUUAUUAGUCCCGACUAAUUAUAAGUCUGAAUUGCUUUCCCAAUAUGACCACCAUUUAAACUAUGCUAGUCGUGAUAUGUGUCUGCCAAAGCAGAGCAUUUCACACUAUCUUAGGAAGAUGCUUUGAAUGAUCGUCAUUCUCGGGUCUUGAUAUUGGUUUGGACUUACAAGGCCAUCAAAAUGGUUUUGAGUCUUGAAGCAAGGAGUGUUUGGAUAAUCAAAUGAUGUUGACCAAACAAACCAAGAGUCAUAUAGGAUAUGAUUAACAAGAGUUGUUUACCUAAAUAACUAAUGUUUAAGUGAUAAGCCAAAGCUUACUUAAAUUUUAGUGAAAUAUGGAUCUUGGACCGCUAUAUUUGGGACUUUCUAUUUAAUAUAGUGGGAGUUUAUUUUUGAGCAUUAUUUAGAAUUCUUUGCAUUAUUUGUUGUAGUAAAUAUGGUCACCAACACAAUUUUUUCACUGCGAUCUAUCCUUGGGAUGGAAAAACUUAAUGGAACAAAUUACAUGGACUGGGAUAAGAAUCUGAGAAUUGUUCUCAGGCAAGAGCGUAAAGAAUAUGUCCUUGACCAACCAAUUCCUGCUGAACCAGCGGCCAAUGCUCCUAGAGCCACUAGAGAUGCUUACGAAAGGCAUGUCCGUGAUGAAGUUGAUGUCACUUGUCUGAUGUUAACCAUCAUGGAAGCUAAUCUUCAGAAACAGUUUCUGAAUCGUCGUGCACAUGACAUAUCUAAUGAACUCAAGAACUUGUUUCAGAAACAAGCACGAAUCGAAAGGUUCGAGACAACCAAAGCUUUGUUUCACACAAGGCUUACUGAUGGGAGCCUAAAUUGACCUCACGUACUCAAGAUGAUUGGGUAUAGGGACCACUUGGAAAGACUUGAUCUCCAAUUAGUCAAGAGUUGGCUACUGAUGUGAUUCUCGCAUCACUCACCCCGGCAUAUGACCACUUCAUCAUGAAUUAUAAUAUGCAUGGUCUUGAGAAGACCUUAACCGAGUUGCAUGGAAUGCUCAACUCUGCUGAGCAAAACAUCAAGAAAAAUCGGGGUGACGUUUUGAUUGUCAAAAAGGGGAAGAGAUUCAAGAAACAUGGUAAAGGCAAGGUUGGUGGAAACAAGAAAUCCAAAAGCCUGGUUAAGAACUCAAGUAAAGGCAAAUUUGUUGCUAGCUCUACUUCUAAAGAAGAGCAAAAAUGUUUCCACUGCAACAAAACUGGUCACUGGAAGCGGAAUUGCAAGGCGUAUUUGGAGGAACUGAAAAAGAAGGGGCAUGGUGAUGCUUCCAAUUCAGGGACUGACAAGGAGUAGAAGGUUGGCUAAAGGUGAAGUUGACCUACGAGUAGGCAAUGGUGCAAAAGUUGUAGCAUUAGUAAUAGGGACAUUUACUUUGAAUUUGCCCACGGGCUUAGUUUUAGAACUUGAUAAUUGUUUUCAUGUACCUGCCAUUAGCAUGAAUAUUAUUUCUGUUUCUUGUUUGGACAAUAAAGGAUUUCAUAUUAUA